CCAGGGCAGAGAAAAGAAUGGAAGAAACAACAUAUAUUUUGGAAUUCAAUACCACUUAUUAUGCGGAAUACUCUGCACCUUGUGACAAAGAAGAAGUUUUUGUAUUUGGUGCUCUUUUUACUACUAUCUUAAAUUCAUUGCUUUUCAUAUUUGGGAUCACCGGAAAUUGUCUUGUCCUCUGGAUCCUUAUAAUACAUGAAAGUCUGGCGUCUCUUACAAAUGUCUUAAUAUUCAAUUUAUCAGUUGCAGACGUGAUUUUAACUGCAUGUCUACCAUUUUUUAUUGUGUAUCACAGAGAAGGAUGGGUUUUUGGAGCUGGUGCUUGCAAAGUAGUCAGUGUUCUUUUCUCAGUAGGAUUCUAUAGUGGAAUUAUUUUCCUAACAUUUCUCACUUACCAUCGCUAUGUGUCUGUAGUGGAUCCAUUGUCUGCUCUGAAAACCAAAACACCUUUGUUUGGAAUUUUGAUUACUGUGCUUGCCUGGUCAAGCAGUAUAAUUGCUUCAAUUCCUGUGAUGAUUUUCCAUGUUCAGACUACACGUGCAGAUUUUACCAUAUGUGAAUACAAUCAAAUAUUUCCAGUGUUGGUGUGCCACUACCAACAAAAUGUUUCUUUUUUACUUGCAUUUUGUGCCAUAAUAUUCUGCUAUUUUCAAAUAAUACGGACGUUACAGCAAUCACGGUCACAAAGGAAUCACAAACCAGUUAAACUAAUCAUAAUUAUCGUUGUGGUAUAUUUUUUCAGUUGGGCACCUUACAACAUUGUCAUAUUAUUGUUAUCAUUUCACCAUCAGCAGAUUUUUAUGGACUGCGAGUUGACUAAACACCUUGAAUAUGCAAAAUAUGUUACAGAAAAAAUAGCAAUUUGUCAUUGUUGCCUUAAUCCCAUUUUAUAUGCAUUUGUUGGGACCAAAUUCAGAAGACACUUCAAGAACUUGUUAAAAUGUUACCAAUCCUGCACAGGCAAAAAGCAGCAUACAACUAGAAUUAAUUUCCAAGACCAGUAUCACAAUGAAACUGGCUCAGUAUACUAGACAAAAUGCUGUUACAUAGUAAAUACAGUAAGAUCAUUGGCAUGUGGAUAGCAACAUCUGUAAAAUAAUGUCAAAAUUGUUAACAUAUUAGAUACAUUUCAAUAAAUCCUCACUGUUUUCACACAAGAUAUCAAGACUACCAUUGAAGAUUUUGGUUAAGAUUCAAUUUAGCAUGCAGGUAAAAGCUCAAGGUGUAACAUACAGAGCUAUUCAAAUUUGAAUCAAUGUCUCCACAUGGUAAUCAGUGGGUAAUGUGCAUUCACCCGUAGUUUAUACUAGAGAUGAGCUAGUCGGAUUAUCUUAAAUCCGAACAUGUCCAAACUUCCGGAAUCAGAGUCAAUCCAAGCUGCAGCUUGGGGUUUCCCACUAGGCUCUGACUCCAAAUUUGAGGCAAAACGUCAUCCUGCCGAAGUUGGUUUCUCAGGGGUUUUGGAUUCUAUAUAAGGGUACUGCAGGCAGUAUUUGUCCGCAUCUGACUCCUGGCAUGCUGCUGUGUGCUGUACUCUGCUGGUUAAAUGGGCUGUGCUGUCCAUACUCAUAGUGGCUGUGCUGUGGACUCCAGACUCAUACAAGUGGCUGUACCACAGUAUACAAGUGGCUGUGCUGUGUUCAGACUCAUACUGGCUUUGCUGUGUAUACAAGUGGCUGUGCUGUGAACUCCAGACUCCAUAAAAAUGGCUGUGCUGUGUAUGCAAGUGACUGUGCUGUUGAAUCCAAACUCUAUAAAAGUGGCUGUGAUGUGUCCAUCUAAGUGGCUGUGUGUUCACAAAUAAGCAGCACUACAGUGUAUUGUUGUUAAUCAGUUGCAAAAAAAGUAAAACAUUAAUUGAAAAAGUUAAACAAAAAUGAAAAAAGUAAAAAAGAAUAAUACUAAGUUUAUGAAACCUGAGUGCGCUGUACCCCUGUGCAUUUAUUAUUCACAUACAUAUAAAAGGAAGCCCUAUGAUUUGUUGCAGUUUGAGUUGAGCUUUGAUGUAAAAAUUAGAUAUAUUGGUGGUCAUUCCGAGUUGUUCGCUAAUUUUUUCGUUCGCACAAGGUAUGAGCAAAAUUGCGAACAUGUUGCAAAAUUGCGAAUAGCCGCCCCCAACGUAUUUUUGCUCAUUCGUACGCAGUAUUACACAAAGUGGGCGUACGCCAAAUGACGUCGCAGCAAUGCGAAACCAUCGCAUUAACACAAACCUCAUUGUAAAAAAUACCUGAAGAACACUUUAUAGGUAUAAUUGGCCAUCAACAUUUAAAUGUUUAAAUUAUAAAUAUAGAUGUUUUAAA